CCUUCUUAUAUUACGACUGAUCUGCCGUACAAGAUACCAUCAUCGUCCAUGGCCUCCGCCGCGAGAUACUGCGCCGUCUGCUGCUUUGGCGCCGCCGACGAGGUGGCGCCGACGGACACCCUCCGCGUCCUACGCCUGCAGCGCCUCCGCCUCCGCCGGGCAGCGACAGGCUGCCUCGACCCCAUCGCCGAGGAGGAGGAGGACGACGACGACGACGUUCCUACCGCCGACUCGCCCGGCGCAUACACAAGCAGCAGCAGCCCCAGCGCCGUCGACCUUGCACAAAGUCACCGAUAGGCCAGUAGGGACGUCCAGCAGCUGGACUAGUCACCGAUAGGCCAGUAGCGCCGUCGACCUUGCACAAAGUCACCGAUAGACUCUUCUGUCGCUGUAAUACAGGUAGUACUCCAGUUCGUGCACGCGUGCAUCCUGUAAUUAUCCGUCGAGGCAUCAAUGAAGAAAUGCGAGUUAAUUA